UUUGAGGAUUAUGCUAGAAGAACUCCGGUUCUGCUUCACUUUGUUCUAACAAGGCAGAGACGAGACUGGCUAGACAGCGAUGCUGAGUUUGGGACUUUUAAUAUUUUUGUUUCUAUUGCGACCCGCAUACCUUCAGUUCCCGCGAGCAUGCGUUACCGCCGAGAUCCUACAAACUAAGGAGUGCUGUCCAGUAUGGGAACAGGACGGGUCCGUCUGUGGAGCCCGCUCUGGUAGGGGUUUUUGCCAAGAUGUGGUCAUAUCCGACCUCCCCAACGGUCCGCAGUAUCCAUUCAACGGAAUAGACGACAGAGAGAGAUGGCCCUCCGUGUUCUAUAAUCGCACGUGCCAGUGUGCAGGUAACUACAUGGGCUUCGAUUGUGGUGACUGCAAGUUCGGUUUUUUUGGCGUCAACUGUGCUGAGAAAAGGGAAUCAUUGAGAAGGAAUAUAUUUCAACUGUCAGUCACCGAAAGACAGAAGUUAAUAUCUUAUUUGAACCUAGCCAAAAAUACCAUAAGCACAGAUUACGUGAUAGUGACCGGCACCUACGAACACAUGAACAAUGGAACAGAUCCCAUGUUUGCGGAUGCCAGUGUCUAUGAUGUCUUUGUUUGGAUGCACUACUACGUGUCAAGAGAUGCCUUGCUUGGAGGAACUAACGUUUGGACGGAUAUUGAUUUUGCACACUGGGCUCCAGCCUUUUUGCCGUGGCACCGUGUGUAUUUGUUGUCAUGGGAACACGAAAUCCGCAAACUGACAGGAGACUUCAGUUUCACCAUCCCAUACUGGGAUUGGAAAGAUGCGUUGGACUGUGAAGUAUGCACUGACGAGUUAAUGGGUGGUCGGAAUCUUCUGAAGCCGAACCACAUCAGUCCUGCAUCGGUAUUCUCUUCGUGGAAGGUCAUAUGCUCCCAAGCAGCUGAAUAUAACAGCAGGGGGGUACUAUGUAAUGGCACAGGGGAGGGACCCCUGCUUCGUAACCCUGGCAACCAAAACCGGGACGUAGUGAGCCGACUGCCCACUUCUGCUGAUGUGGAGUUCACGCUCAGCCUUGAGCAAUAUGACACCAGCCCCAUGGACAUCAGUGCCAACAUGAGUUUCAGGAACACUCUAGAAGGCUUUGGCAAUCCCCAGACUGGACAGGGCAACAGUGCUCAACGUUGGAUGCAUGCUGCUGUGCAUGCCUACAUGAAUGGCUCCAUGUCUUCAGUCCAAGGGUCUGCCAAUGACCCCAUCUUCUUCCUACACCACUCCUUUGUCGACAGUAUUUAUGAACAGUGGCUGCGGAGACACCAGCCGCCUAGGUCCCAGUACCCCAGGGCCAAUGCCCCCAUCGGACAUAAUGACGGAUACUUCAUGGUUCCUUUCAUAACUCUCCACAGGAACGGCGACUACUUCCUGUCCAGCAAAGACUUGGGGUAUGAGUAUGCUCAUCUGUUAGAUCCAGUCCAGCGCUUUCUGCAGGAAUUCCUGAGCCCUUAUCUACAGCAGGCCCAGAAGAUCUGGCAGUGGCUCCUGGGUGCUGGAAUCUUUGGGGCCCUGGUAGCAUGUCUCAUAGCAGCAGUCAUGGCCUUUGCCUGCAGCACACAACAGCAGAAAAAGAACAAGGCUUUAAUGCAUUCAGGGAGACAUCCCCUGACCGACAGAAGAAAGGAGCGCUCUCUUUAGUCAUAUCACAGAACUCUGUGAAAGGGGGUACUGUUCUCACUGUGAUGACUGUAACAUCACAAGGUGUCACAGUUAUCACAUGCCUUAUAUUAUAUUGCUUUUUUUUAAAUGACUAUGUAAUAUAUAAGACAAUUAUUGUGAAAACAGACUAUUCUUUAUUUCAGAGGAAAUGUCUCCCUUGCACACAAAGAAUCAUUGAGACUGGAGAGCACAUGCUUUAAAAAUAAUGCACCAUUGUUAAUAUGCAAAACUGGGUAAACUCUGCCUCCUCAUGAUGCAUACCCAGGGGCACAUGUUCCAAGAACUCAUUACCAACAUUGCAAAUGUUGUGCUCUGUAAAUCAAUUUCAGUUUAUAGGUGUUCAAUGAAAACCCAAUGACAACCUCCUAGCAGAACAACUGUCCCAAACAUUCCCAUGAGAAAGAUUUACACAAAGUCUACAGAGGUGUCUGAACAAUUGAUCUAUGUGAAUUGAGAACCUGUCUUAGUGAUGUUCAAAAGACCAUAAAGACUCCUAAUAAACUGAUCUCUUGUCCAUGAAGCCAUUUUGUCUGUAAUAAACAAUAUUUCCUUAUGCAUCCUUUUGAACCACAAGCUGGCUCUGUACAAAUAUAUGUAAUA